CGGGAUUUAUUGAAAUACGAACCGGAAAAACACCCACCGAGUCAUACUAUUGGCCCGUGAUCACUUCUUCACGUAUAUCUUCAACGCUUUCUACUGCCUGUUGUGCUUGACUGCUCCCUGCUGUUUGUGAGGUGGUAGUGCAGUGACGCUGUUCAGUUGCCAGGAGUAACUUAAAUAGACUGAAGGGAAACGUAAGAUAAAUAACGUUGUUAAUUCGCGUUCUCUAAAAUACCGUGCGAAAAUGAUGAACUAGAAUUCACGGUGCAGUGCUUUAUUGUCCCCCAUGUUGUCACACUAGUUUACACUCUGACGUCUGUAUUUUUCCUGCAUAAAGUCGUAUUUUCAUCUUGCUGCCAUGGCUGAUUUUGGGUUUAACGAACAUCACCAGAAUGAGGUCAUAAACUAUAUGCGCUUUGCUCGCUCCAAGAGGCUCCUGCGUCUCAAGACCAUCGAUUCAUGCUUUCAGGAACUCAAAGACAGCAGUGGAAUUCAACAAAUAAAAUUAGCUCAACCAACACUAUCAAUUCCCCUCCCUCUAGACUGGUUGAGGAGACAUUUACGGUGGAUGAGGUGUCAGAUAUGCUGGAUGGGCUGCAGGUGGUGGUGCAUGGAGAGGUGGAGAUGGAGCUCAUUAACACCGCCCACACCAAUGUCCUACUCCUGCGCCAGCUCUUCUCCCAGGCUGAAAAGUUCUACCUGAAACUGCAGACCGAUAUCUCGGAGCUGGAGAGCAGAGAAUUACUGGAACAAGUAGCAGCAUUUGAAAAGACUGAUUUUAAAUCUAACAGCAAGGUGAAUCAGGAAUCCAGCAAACCCAGGCUAACCCCACUGAAUGAGGGAGGAGUGUCAGAACUGCUCAACAUGGAAAUUUCCAGACUACAAGAAGAGAAUGAUAAACUGAGAGCUAGACUUCGAACAUUGGAAAGUCAGGCCAUGAGUGCUCUAGAUGAAAAGUGCGAGGCUGAGAGGGCCCUGAAUGAUCUUCAAAAAAUCCAAGGAGAUCAGCAGCACGCCACGCAUGCUGAGGAGAUCUCUAAACUGGAGGGCACUGUGGCAGCCAUGCAGAUCGAUUUUGAGAAGACUCUCAGCGCCAGUACUUCAUCACAGAAGGAGCUACAGGAUAGCCUGGUGUCAGCUAAACAUGAGCUGCUCCGGGUUCAAGAUCAGCUCGCCCUUGCUGAGAAGGAACUAGAUAAGAAGUUUCAACAGACAGCUGCAUAUCGGAACAUGAAAGAGAUUCUGAGUAAGAAGAAUGACCAGAUUAAGGAGCUCAGGAAAAGAUUACAAAGAUACGAGUCUGAUGAGUGAAGUCCUGGACCAUAGAAAAUGGCUUGUCUUAAGGGGUUUUAUGGGCAAAAGAAGCUGAAGUCAGUUUUGGCCUCAACACUCCAAACAUUGCAAGGGACCAAAAAAUGAAACAAAAGAAAGACAAAAAAAAAGAGUUUUUUUUAAUAGUCAUUGCUAUUCCCAAGUUUCUCUUUAACAAGAGCUACCCAUUUGAAUAAAACUGUUGCUGUGCUUAGGGAUGUUUGUUGUAUCUGUGUAUCCUACAGUGCCCUCCACUAAUAUUAUCACCCUUGGUAAAUAUGAGCAAAGGCAGCUAUGAAAAAUUCUUUGUUUAACCUUUUGAUCUUUUGUUAAAAAAAAUUAACAAAAAUACUCUCAUGGAUAUGAAACAAUUGCAAACAAAACACAGGUUUAUUAAAAAAAAACACACACAUCUUUGUUAAAUAUAGGUGUGCAACAAUUUUUGGCACCCUUUUAGUCAGUACUUUGUGCUACCUCCCUUUGCCAAGAUACAUCUGAGUCUUCUCCUAUAAUGCCUGAUGAGGUUGGAGAAUACAUGGCGAGGGAUCUGAGACCAUCACUCCAUACAGAAUCUCUCCAGAUCCUUCAAAUUCUGCGGUCCAUGCUGGUGUGGAGAGGAGCGUCUGCUAAGUUUUUCUAUGGGUUUCAGGUCAAGGGACUGGGAUGGCCAUGGCAGGACCUUGAUUUUGUGGUCAGUAAACCAUUUUUAUGUUGAUUUUGAUGUAUGUUUUGUAUCAUUGUCCAUUUUAAGCUUUCUGGCAGAGGCAGUCAGGUUUUCAUUUAAUAUCUGUUGAUAUUAAAUGGUACAGUGGUGGCUUGAUGGUUAAGUCUCUGGGUUACUGAUCAGAAGGUCAGGGGUUCAAGCCCUAACACUGCUGCCAAGCUGCCACUGUUGGGCCCUUGAGCAAGGCCCUUAGCCCUGUCUGCUCCAGGGGCACUGUAUCAUGGUUGAUACUGUGCUCUGACCCCAGCUUCCUGACAUGCUGGGAUAUGUGGGGGGGAAAAAAAGAAUUUCAUUCAUUCAUAUUUGAGUCCAUGAUGCCAUGUAUCUUAAGAAAAUGUCCAGGUCCUCUGGCACAAAAACAGCCCCAAAACAUUAAAGAUCCACCACCAUAUUUAACUGUGGGCAUGAGGUACUUUUCCAUAUGGCUACCUCUCUGUGCGCUCCAAAACCACCUGACCAUAGAACCCGGUCAUAGAACUCUUCAUCAUAGAACCCAUUGAUCCAAAUUGAAGUUCCAGUAGUGUCGGCAAACUGAAGACGCUCGAGUUUGUUUUUGGAUGAGAGUAGAGGCUUUUUUUUUUUUUUUUUUCUUGAAACCUUCCACACAACUUGUGAUGUAGGUGACUUCGGAUUGUAGUUUUGGAGACUUUCUGUGACCCCAAUAUGCAACGAACUUCUGCAGUUCUCCAGCUGUGAUCCUUGGAGAUUUUUUUGUCCACUCGAACCAUCCUCUUCACAGUGCGUUGAGACGAUAUAGACACACGUCCUCUUCCAGGUUGAUUCAUAACAUUUCCAGUUGACUGGAACUUCUUAAUUAUUGCCCUGAUGGUGGAAAUGGGCAUUUUCAAUGCUGGUGCUAUUUUCUUAUAGACACUUCCCAUUUUGUGACGCUCAACAACCUUUUGCUGCACAUCACAGCUAUAUUCCUUGGUCUUACCCACUGUUAUGAAUGAGUUCGGCAGUUUGGCCUGUGUUGCCUCAUAUUUAUACCCCUGUCAAACAGGAAGUCAUGGUGGUUGGUUUCUUGUUCCUAGUCACCCAAGUGUACUAAAAAUAUAAAAUAUCAGUGGGAAUAUACUUCAAAUAUAUUUCUCAUAAGAAUUCGUAGGAAUUGAUAAACCUGUGUUUGCAAUUGUGUGAUAUCCAUGAGAGCAAGGUAUUUUUGUGAAUUUUCCUUAACAAAAUAUCAAAAGUUUAAACAAAGUUUUUCACAGCCUUAUUUAUCAAGGGUGCCAAUAUUAGUGGAGGGCACUGUAUAUUCCAUUUCAUAUGAAAUUAUUGAAUGUGUGCAGUUUAUCUUCUAAAUUGCACUGAGUGUUUUUGUUUUCCACUUAAAUAUCCCACUUUGUUAAUUUUUAACAAAAAAAAAUUUUAACAUAAUUUUUUCUCUAAGUAUAUAAUCUUGUCUUGUGCGCUCAGCACAGCAUUAGGAACAAUGAUAAAUGUUCAGUGCCAAUAGGCUCUGAAUUAAGAUAGGUUUAGAUAAUAUCCACAUUCUGAGCGAUUUUGUUCUUGCUUUCUGUAUUCAUCUGGGAUGGUUUGUGUAACUGUAGAAUACUGCACAUCAGCAUGUCUUUCUUACCAAUUUUUUAUUUAAUUUUUUUCCUUCUGUAGUCAUAGGUUUAUUGUGGACUCUAAUUACAGAUUAUUUUACAUGCUUUUAAUUGUAGUUUUGUACACCACAUUUAUCCACCUAGAAGAAAGGAAGAAAAUGACUUUAAAUUGCUUCCUGCAUCCACACUUCAUUGGGGACUAGCCAGAAUAUAUUUUUGUAAAAAAAUUCUAAAAAAAAAAAAAAAAAAAACCAACAAGAACCCUAUUAAUGUAAAAUCCCCAGAACGUUUCUUCAUUAUGAUGUUUGCAACCAUGUUUAGUGCCACCUACAAAAUUUCACCAAUGUGCGCCUCGCGCUACGUUUCACCUACAUGUACGAAGUUCCGUAAACAUGGGUAAGAUGCCAAUACGUACAAAAACGUCUCUUGAACCCAUGCCCUAAACUCAAUGGAAGUCAGCCAUUUUGAUUUUUCUCUUAAAUUUUUCUCCAUUUUUUGCCAUUUCCCGGCCUCGUAUUUUAACGAACUCCUCCAGGAGAUUUCAUCAGAUCGGCAUCAUGUUUGGUCAGUCUCAUCUAAAGCCAUAGACGAUGCUAAAUUGUGAAGCUUUUGAGUUUUCGCAGCACGGCGUGGGCGUGGCGGUCUCACAAAUUUCAAUAUUUCACCAUGAAAAAGGAAGUUGUUAUAACUCAAACAUAGAAUGUCCAACCUGCUCCAAACUUCACAUGUUUGAUAAAAGUCCCGGCCUGAAGACAUCUACAUGCCAAUGUUCAGUUAUAGUCAUAGUGCCACCUGCUGGCAACAGGAAAUUACAUGUUUUACAUCAUGAUACGCUCCUAACAACAUAUAAAUGCUAAAAAGUGCUUAAAAAAUGGAACGGAGUACCCCUGACAGAGCAGACCCAACCUGCAUCCGGGUGUGAGGGCCCUUUCAUACUGUGUAAACUGCACAGCUACUAGUCCAGGCUCUUGUCAUCUCAAAACUGGACUACUGCAAUGCACCACUCUUGGACCUCCCAGCCAGCUCCAUCAAACCCCUUUAAAUGAUUCAGAAUGCAGCAGCAUGCCUCAUCUUCAACCAGUCCAAAAGAACCCAUGUCACACCCCUCUUCAUCUCCCUCCACUGUCUUCCUGUAGCUGCCUGCAUCUAAUUGAUAAUGAGUCUUUAUUGGUCACACAUACAUUACAGCACAGUGAAAUUGUUUUCUUCACAUAUCCCAGCAUGUUAGGAAGCUGGGGUCAGAGCGCAGGGUCAGCCAUGAUAGAGCACCCCUGGAACAGAGAGGGUUAAGGGCAUUGCUCAAGGGUCCAACAGUGGCAGCCUGGCAGUGCUGGGGCUUGAACCCCCGACCUUCCGAUCAGUAACCCAGAGCCUUAACCUCAAAACCACCACUACCA